AUGCUGCGCGCAAAUUCCAGCUCAGAAGAAGCUAGAGGCCCUUGACUAUCUAGAGCACUCCAUUGGCAUUGGCGUCAUAUAGGCAACAGGGGCUGGUGGGGCAGAAGAUGCCAUGGGGGAAUGAAAUAAUUCAGCCAUUGCAAAAGGCUUGCUCCAGUCCUGUCUUUCUGCUAAAGAUCGACGGGGUAAACUUCAGAUUGCACACAUGGCAACUUCCGGGCGCAAGAUGAAGGUCGACCUGUUCGUCGAAGUGCCGGCUGCAGGAAGACACUUCCUACACACUGUAGAAGUUGCACCAAGCUCGUCAACAGCUGGAGCUGCGCAUGUGAAUUAUGAGCAAUUGAUUCAAGCCCUGAAUGAAGGGCAGCUGCUACCCCCGGAGGCAUGCUAUGCUUUUCUCCAAGAGGAUGGUUCGCCAGUUGGGAACAUGUCGACGCGAUUGGUGCCAGGACGAGGAGCGAUUCUUACGCUGACACGGGCUCCGGCAGUACGACCACCAGAUUUGUCCCCCGUGAUGGUUAGCUCGCAACCCCGCGCCCAUGCCCCUAGCGUCUGUCGGAGUCUCCGAAGCGGAGCUGAGAUCAACAUCCCAGUGCAAGCGGCAACGGGGACCAGCAUCGAAUGCAUCAUGCCACGCCAGAAAGCGCUCGACCUGGGCCUUCACUGCUUGCUGGAAGACAUCAACGAAGGAUUUGACUACUUUGGACUGGUCAACUGCAAGAUUCCAGGAAACAUGAUGCUCCAUGGCUCAAGACCGGACGAGGGGCUGGACUCCCUCCUUCACGUGUACUGCAGCAAACAGCUUGUUCCAGACAUGCCGUUCUUUGCCAACACGCUGAUCAUCGGUUCCCCGGGGGUUAUGAAGAUGAAAAUGAGUAUCAACUACGGGGUUAGGGAAAACCCACACCACCCGAAACCGUGCCCUUAUAGGUGCUGCAAUCAAGAUCUGGGCCCGGAGAUUCUGGGGGAAGUCAGGGGGUGCGACAGCUGCGGCAGAGUCAACGAAGAUCUUCGGAGGUGUCCCUGCAGGACAGUUUCCUACUGCAACGAAGUCUGCCAAAAGCGGCACUGGAGGGCGGGGCAUAAGCGGGUGUGCAGUGCGAGGGUGUCGUAAACUGUGCCUCCGUGUUAACUUCAUUAGUAUAGCAGAUAAGCAAAUGUAUUAUGUAGUUGGAUAAUCCUGCUUAGGGACCCUUGCACUCAAGCGGAGUGUGGGGGCCUGUACAUAUCACCGUACUUACCAUGACGGUAACAUCAGAUAGGUCAGAAAAUGCAUAUUGGAACUUGAUCCGGUUGAUCCAGGUAAAAGCCGACUCAAAAUGCAGGGGUCACUGAGCUGAAAGAAGCAUGCAUGCAAAGAAUAAGUUGUCCUGCGAGUCCAGGGAUUUGAACCUUCGCGCGGCCGCCCCGCCCGGCCGCCUAAGUAGAUGUACGAAUCGAGUCCGAUCGAGCCUAAUUUCGAUCGUCUUUAAAUUAGCCUCAAUUUCAUAUGCAUGCAUGGGACAGCUAGUUGGAUACAUAGCGUUCAUGAAGAACCUCCAGGACCCGCCCCUAUC